AUGGCUUCAGAUGCAGCUUCCCAAGUUACAGUUGGCGCUCUCAGUGCUAUCUUUGAUGACACAAAGCCCCAAGUUCCCGAGCCGGUCGUCCAGUGUGUCCAGGUUAAGCCGUUGCCACCCCAGCCGAAUCACCCGGAACGUUACCGAGCGGUCUUCAGUGAUAUUGCGAAUUAUGUUCAAACCAUGCUCGCGACCCGUUUACUAACUGUCUACAGGAUUCUCAUCAUCCUGGACCUCGAGGUUCUGAAGGAAUUGGGCGAGGCGGAGAAAAUUGGGGAACCAAAACCCUUGGAGAUCAAAGCCGACGAGGAGGAAAAAGCCCAACCAACCGCCAUUUCAAGCAAUGGAUUCUAUGGCUCCAAGCCUGUGGCCCCCCCUCAGCAGUCAAGAAGCCAUGCCCAGUCGGUGCGUGGCCCUUCGGCUUCGGCUCAUGCCACCAUCUAUCCUAUUGAGGGCAUCUCACCAUAUUCCAACAAAUGGACAAUCAAAGCUCGCUGUACAAGCAAGUCAAACAUUAAAACUUGGCAUAAUAAGAAUGGUGAGGGAAAACUGUUUAGUGUGAACUUGCUUGAUGACAGUGGUGAAAUCCGCGCGACUGGGUUCAACGACCAAUGUGACAUGCUUUACGAUCUUUUUCAGGAAGGGGGUGUCUAUUACAUUUCCAGUCCCUGUCGAGUGCAGAUUGCCAAGAAGCAGUUCACAAACCUCAACAACGACUAUGAACUCACUUUCGAACGAGAUACUUUGGUUGAGAAGGCAGAAGAUCAGAACGAUGUCCCCCAGAUCCGAUUCAACUUCACUACUAUUGGAGACCUGCAGUCGGUCGAGAAAGACACUACCACUGAUGUCAUCGGUAUUCUGAAAGAAGUGGGGGAGACUUCCCAGAUCGUGUCGAAAGGGACUGGCAAACCUUAUGACAAGCGUGAACUCAACUUGGUGGAUAAUACCGGUUUCUCUGUUCGUUUAACUAUAUGGGGUGCAUCGGCAGUCAACUUUGACGUUGCUCCAGAAUCAGUGGUUGCUUUCAAAGGCGUGAAGGUCUCUGAUUUUGGAGGCCGGAGUUUGAGCUUGCUCAGCUCGGGCUCGAUGACUGUUGAUCCUGACAUCGGAGAAGCUCACCGGCUCAAGGGUUGGUAUGAUGCCCAAGGGCGGAGUGAGACAUUCACCUCGCAUGCUUCGCUAUCUAGCGCCACCAAUUCAAACAUGAAACCAGACCGUUUCAAGACAGUCGCCCAAGUCCGAGAGGAACAACUGGGUAUGUCUGAACAGGUAGACUACUUCUCCUUGAAGGCAACUGUCAUCUACAUCCGGCAGGAUUCCACCUGGUGCUAUCCCGCUUGCCUCUCUGAGGGAUGUAACAAGAAGGUAACCGAGCUGGAUGCCGGCCAGUGGCGAUGUGAAAUGUGCGACAAGACUCACCCCAGACCCGAGUAUCGCUAUAUUAUGCCGAUUAGCGUGAGUGACCAUACUGGUCAGCUUUGGCUCAGCUGCUUUGACGAUACGGGCAGACUGAUUAUGGGUACAUCGGCCGACAACCUCAUGCAACUCCGGGAGGAUGAUCCGACUGCCUUCGGAGAAGUGUUUCAGGAAGCCAACUGCCGUACCUGGAGCUUCCGAUGCCGAGCUAAGAUUGACACUUUUGGGGAACAACAACGGUAA